AUAUACUUUCCCAUUCAUUUUGCAGGAUUUAGUUUGGUGUCGAAGAUAUCGUAGGUCAAAAAGUAGUAGACUGGUUGCUCAUUGAUUCCGGAUUAAUGCAGUUCCGCUUUUGCAUCUAUCUAUCUUUGGACCCAUGUGUUUAUAUCUUCUUCCCCUCUCUUUCACAUCAUUUUUUUGGUCACACUGCAACUUCUGUUAGUUUCUCAGUUCCUUUCUAUCGUUGCUUGGGAGCGUCAAAGUCACUAGAGUCCGCAAAAGAAAGCAGCCAUGGAAACCAGAACUAAUGAGCUUGUGGCUUCAGUUAGGCUUGAGGGGAGGUUUGCUGCAAUUGCCAUAUGCUGGUUUCUUGGUAAUGGAUGUCUGUUUUCAUGGAACAGUAUGUUAACAAUUGAAGAUUAUUAUAGUCAAUUGUUCCCGAAGUAUCAUCCUACACGAGUGCUAUCUCUUGUUUAUCAACCAUUUGCACUUGGAACGCUUGCGAUAUUGACAUACAAUGAGGCCACGAUCAAUACGAGGCGCCGCAACUUAACUGGAUACUUUCUCUUUUUCUGUAGUUCACUAUUAGUUCUGGUGAUAGAUUUGGCGACAUCUGGGGCAGGAGGGAUAGGACCUUUUCUUGGCAUAUGCAUUGUUAGUGGAGCUUUCGGGGUUGCAGAUGCUCAUGUCCAGGGAGGAAUGGUUGGUGAUCUCUCUUUCAUGCGUUCUGAAUUUGUCCAGUCAUUUCUAGCUGGCUUAGCUGCAUCUGGUGCUCUUACAUCGGCUUUGAGAUUAAUCACAAAAGCUGCCUUUGAAAAUACCAAAGAUGGUCUUCGUAAAGGGGCAAUUAUUUUCUUCGCUAUCUCUGUGUUGUUUGAGCUGCUAUGCCUCCUUCUCUAUGCAUUUGUGUUCCCCAAAUUGCCGAUUGUGAAGUACUAUCGUUCUAAGGCUGCUUCUGAAGGAUCGAAGACUGUCUCUGCUGACCUUGCUGCGGGUGGCAUCGAAAUUCCACAGAGCUUAGGAGUUGCAGGAGAUCUAAAAAAUCCAGAGCGUCUUAGCAACAAAGAUUUAUUGUUUCAAAAUAAAGACUACGCAAUUGAUAUGGCUCUUAUAUAUAUCGUCACAUUGUCUAUAUUCCCUGGGUUUCUGGCUGAGGAUACUGGGUCUCACAGUUUGGGCUCAUGGUAUGCACUCGUUCUGAUAGCUAUGUAUAACGGCUUUGAUCUUAUUGGGAGAUACAUUCCACUGAUCAACAAAUUGAAGGUUACAUCAAGGCCUACUCUAAUGGUAGCAACACUUUGCCGUUUCUUAUUGAUCCCUGCAUUUUAUUUCACCUCCAAGUAUGGGGAACAAGGCUGGAUGAUCAUGUUGACAGCCCUCUUGGGGUUGACCAAUGGUUAUCUUACUGUGAGCGUUCUAACUGUGGCACCCAAGGGUUACAAGGGACCUGAACAAAAUGCCUUGGGGAACAUAUUGGUUCUGUCCCUUCUUGUGGGUAUAUUUUCAGGAGCCGUACUUGACUGGUUGUGGCUUAUAGGCAAAGGUUGGUGAUGUACAUUUGUUUUUUCUUUGGAAAUUCUCUGAUUUGUCUUUCCCAACUUUUAUAUAUAAGGAAAGGGGAAAGAGAGUCUUAUGUAAGUAAUUUAAAUUAUAUAAUUCCUGUUGAAUGUGAUCAUCGUGGCAGUUGCACGACAAUUGCUAUCUCUAUAUUCCUUUUUGGGUUUUCUAAUAAGAAAAGUACCUCUGAUUUUGCCA